GAAGCGCUCUCGCUCUCAAAACACGCAGAAUACCUGCUUGCUCUCAGACUUUGCUUAGUUUACUUUUUGUAGGUUGGUGAAGUCCAGUUGGUUCUGUCUGAGGGCUCCGUUCUGAACAUCAUCCAUCUAGACUGUAUCAUGGCAGAGAUGUACAGAGAUUAUCACAGCAUCGAAGGAGGACGUCCAAAUCUCUCUGCUGAGAAGUUCACGGAAUUGAUGAUUAACAGGAAAAUGGCAGAGGCCAGAGUUUCAGAAGAUCAGGACCAGUUCAGAUGUCCAGUCUGUCUGGAUCUACUGAAGGAUCCAGUGGCUAUUCCCUGUGGACACAGUUUCUGUAUGGUGUGUAUUAAUAAAUGCUGGGAUAAGGAUCAUCAGAGGGGAGUCUACAGCUGCCCUCAGUGCAGAGAGACUUUCACUCCAAGACCUGUUCUAUGUAGAAACUACAUGCUGGCUGAAGUGUUGGAGACACUGAAGAAGACAGAACUCCGAGCUGCUUCACCUGUUCACUGUUACGCUGGACCUGGAGAUGUAGAGUGUGAUUCCUGCACUGGGAGAAAACACAAAGCCAUCAAGUCCUGUUUGGUGUGUCUGGCCUCCUUCUGUGAAACUCAUAUCAGACCUCACUAUCAGUCUCCUGCCUUUAAGAAACACGCACUGGUUAAAGCCUCCACAAGACUACAAGAGAAGAUUUGCUCUCAACAUGAUAAACUGAAUGAGAUCUUCUGUCAUACUGAUCAAAGUUUCAUCUGUAAUUUGUGUAUGAUGUAUGAACACAAAGGUCACAAUACAGUGUCAGUUGCAGCAGAAAGAAAUAAGAAACAGUCUGAGCUACAGGAGGAGCAGAGGAAACACCAGCAGAGAAUCCAGGAGAAAGAGAAGAAGGUCCAGGAGCUGAAGCAGGCUGUGGACACUCUUAAGCGCUCUGCACAGGCAGCAGUGGAGGACAGUGAGAGGAUCUUUACUGAGCUGAUCCGCUCCAUUGAGAAAAAGCGCUGUGAGGUGAGACAGCUGAUCAGAGAUCAGGAGAAGACUGAACUGAGUCGAGUUGAAGGACUCCUGGAUCAACUGGAGCAGGAGAUUGCUGAUCUUAAGAGGAGAGAUGCUGAGCUGGAGCAGCUCUCCCACACAGAGGAUCACAUCCAUUUCCUCCAGAGUUUCCCAUCUCUCUGUGUCUCUUCUGGAUCUGUGGAGUCAUACAGCAUCUCUGUUCAUCAACAUCCCUCAUUUGAUGGAGUGAAGAAAUCUCUCUCUGAUCUGAAGGAGCGAAUAGAGACAUUCUGUAAAGAGGAAUUCAGCAAAAUCUCUCCAUGUGCUGCAGCAGUUCAGAUUUUACCAUCAGAGCCAAAGACCAGAGAAGAUUUCUUGAAAUGUAACACACACACACACACACACAGAAAGAGAAACAUGCUGAUUUCAGAAUUAAAUUGCCAUUGCUACCAUGGUAACAGACAUUUUGUAAUCAUUAACUAUUCAACAUGGAAAUGUAUGAGAACUGUAACAAGCACAGAUAAUUUUAUUUUUAUUUACAUUAAUAUAUUUUGUGAAUUAAACCUAAAAUGCUCUUUUUCAGAUUUCUGUCAGCUGACUCUGGAUCCCAACACAGCACAUCGUUACCUCAUUCUGUCUGAGAAGAACAGAGUGGUGACAAACAGUGUGAAAGUCCAGCCAUACUCUGAACAUCCAGAGAGAUUUGACUACUGGGAUCAGGUGUUGUGUAAGGAGAGUGUGUGUGGACGCUGUUACUGGGAGGUUGAGUGGAACAAUGGGAGAUGGGGAGUGUACAUAUCAGUCUCAUAUAAAGAUAUCACCAGGAAAGGACAGGGUAAUGAGUGUGGGUUUGGCUACAACACUCAGUCCUGGAGUCUGGCAUGUUCUUCUACUCUCACUUUCUGGCACAACAACAUUAAUACUGAGAUCCCAGACCCACCGUCCUCCAGAAUAGGAGUGUAUGUGGAUCACAGUGCAGGAACUCUGUCCUUCUACAGAGUCUCUGACACAAUGACCCUCCUACACACAAUCCACACCACAUUCACUCAGCCUCUCUAUGCUGGGUUUGGGGUCUAUGGAGGCUCAACUGUGAGGUUAUGUGAUACAAAAUAAUGUUUUGAUAUUUUACUAUUCUAAUUAAGUUGAUUUAAUUAGGAGUCAAAUCAGUUUUAGUCUGUAUCUACUGUACAUACAAUAGUCUUUCACACCAUAUUCACUUAGCCCCUCUAUGCUAGUUCAGAAUGGGUCAUUGCUUCUUUGUUAGUGAUGGAUCAUGUGUGAGAUUAUGUGAUCCUUAAUAAUGUGUCUGUGCUACAUUAUGGUCAGUCAUGGGAAGAUGAGAAAUCUAUGCACACUGUAACACUGGUCCUACAUGAUAUUGUUCAUUUAUCCAGCUCAGUCUCUCUGAUAUUGGUUAGGACUCUUUAGUUUCACUGUUGGUUAGGAAUCAUUAGUUUCACUGUUGGGCACAAUAAGAAAACACAGAAAGAGGCCCAUGAGUUUAUUUUGGUCAAUUACUGUCACUUUUUUAUAGUAAUAAACAUGUACAUGUAACUUGAUUCCUACAUAAUUUCAGGAUACAUUUUGCUUCAUGAGUCUUAAAAUAAUCAGAGGUUUGCAGAGAAACAAGACAUUUCAACAGAGGUCUUUCAUAAGCUGUGCCAGCAAAGUGUUUCUGAAGUUCAAAGAAGUGAAAUCAGCUUUUUUGUGAUGAUUAGAUCAUAAAUCAUAUUGUGGAUUAUCUCUGAAAUAAAUUCCUCACAAUACAUGAGCCCAUGUCAUAUCUACACAGGGCCCCAUUAAACAUAGAAACAUGUAUCUGGGAUAAAUUGGAUUUCUGUAUUUUCUACUGUAAAAUUGUAUCAGAUUGUUUACGUGUUAUAUUUUAAUCAGUGAAUUCUCUUCUCUCCAUCUGUAGAAACCAAAAGUCCAAUUAACCAGAUGAAUGUCAGUGUACUGUAUGAAGGUCCUGUAGUAGAUAAACCAGCAGUGUCAGAGUCUUAGUCUGCAUUAGCAAAGAAAUCCCAGAACAACAAAACAGGGUCACUACAACAAACAGGCAGUGGAAUAAACCACUCACCAUUCACUAAGAGUGGUGGCAGUACUGCACUAAGACAGGAACAAAUAGGCAGGCUUAAAUAGACAGGUGUAGUUGAAUACAGGUAUAAUCAGCAGGCCAGUGAUGAGGAACAUAAACCUCUAUUGAAUCAAACUAUAUUCUUGAUGUCUCAGAAGUUUCCGUCUGAUUGAAACUGUAUUUAUAUAAUAUUGGGCAUGACUGCAUGACCCUACAUCACAUCUGAUUCAUUUUAAGUCAUUUUAUGUAACUAUUUUAAUACAUGAUUACAUGAUUCACUUGCAUGAUUAUUAUUUACAUAUCAUUAUAUGAUUACAUAUUUAUUAUGAUAUGAUUAUCAUAUACUAUUCUCUGCAACAUAAAGUGUGAAUAUAUUACUUUAAUAUUGAAUACUGGAGUUCUUUUCUCUUCUCCAUCUAUAUAAAGCAGAAGUCCUAGUAACCAGAUGAAUUUCAGUGUACUGUAUGAAGCUCCUGUAGUAGAUAAACCAGCAGUAUCAGGGUCUUAAUCUGCAUUAGCAAAGGGCUCAAGAAACCUCAUACGCAUCUGGUUUGGGCUUGAAUGGGUUAAAGUCUCAGUAAAAGCUUCAUUUACUUUGUGGGAGUUGUUAGUUUCCUCAGUUUGUAACAGAAGGGCUUUAUUUGUUAGGACACAUAAGCAUUCCUCCCCUUUUACAUAUUUGGAAAAGAAUUAACAGGGAUGGUCAACUCCUGAAGAACUAAUUAAAUUAUAUUUAUUUUUGAUCCAUUUACUCAUUUUUUUUCAUGUAAUCAUUUGAAUCUGUAAACUUUAAAGCAUAAAAGUCUUGUUGGGUGAGUUACUCUGAAAUAAAUGUUGCAAAGUUCA